GCCUGCCUUGCCGCCGCCCAAGUCUCGUCCGUCGUCGUCGCUCCGCUGCCAGUCAGCCGCAUCUCCAGCCUCCAGCAGGCAGAGCACCCCCGCUCUCGUCUCCGGAGCCUUCCGGAUGGGCUGCAUCUUCUCGUCGCCGGGCUCGGCGCGUGCGCUGCGGCCGUGCGCCGGGGUGCGGGUGAUCCACACCAACGGGUUCGUGGAGGACUUCGAGGGCCCCGGCGUGGUGACCGUGGCGCACGUGACGCGCUGCCUCGGCGGGCCCGGCGGCCCCGCCUCCGCCGCCAACGCCGCCGGGAAGGGGUACGUGCUGUGCUCGUCGGCGCACCUGCUGCAGCCGGGGCGCGGGCCGUUCCGGCCCGACGACGCGCUGCAGCCGGGAACCGUCUACUUCCUGCUCCCGCAGUCGGUGUUCCAGGCCGAGUCCUCCGCCGUGGACCUCGCGUGCCUCAUGAACCGCCUCACGGCGCUCGCCCGCAAGGGCGGCGCCAGCGCCGCGCCCAAGCCCAGCCCGCUCGACGCGCUCUUCGACGCCGCCGCCGCCGCUGCCGCCGCCUCCGGGAGCCACCGCCAGCACAACCAGCAGCGGAUGCCAGUGGCUGCGGCGGCGAGGGAGAAGAAGGGUCAGCCCUGGCGGGCGGCGCCGUGGAAGCCCUGCCUCGAGCGCAUCGACGAGUCCGUCGGCCGCGCCUCCAUGCGCAGCGCGUCCAGCGGCUGCAGCAGCGAGGCCUGAUCAUUGGCUCCAUCUAGUCCCCUUUUCCCUUCUUGUCUUCUGCAGUAGUGCAUACAGAUGGAUGGUUUUGCAGAACUGUGUGUAAAGAUCUGUUGCUUUGCCGGUAGUGAUUAAUUAGAUUCAUUCAGCGACGUGUUUUCAGAUCCCUCCCAUCUGCAGCUCUGCUCGGCUGCCGCUUAAUCAAUCUCUUCCUGUACAAGCUCAGCUCAGCUCAGCUCAGCAAGUGUGCCAACUUGUCCGACUGGUUUUGAUUUGUCGUCGGAUCGAGACUCGUGGAGCACGAGCACGCAGCGAAGUCGUCAGAGACUCGCGUCUGGUUUCGC